CUUCAUUCUCCCGACACCUCACUUUAAAUAAAAGGGGAGCAGAGAGUCUCACGGCUGGCGAAUGUCGCACCCGGCCCGCGUCUUGCAACGGCCCGCCUGUCCCGGGCCCUGAUCAGCGAGCCGACUCGCUGACUGACUUAAGUGACUGUCUGCCUCGCUCCGUCGAUCAAUCAUGGUCAUCCUGCUGGCCGCGCCUCGUCUCGUCGACUUCACCAGCCGCUUCAUGGCUGAUACCAUCGGUUGCGCCGCCCGUCCGUUGCCGUCACCCUGUGCUUGAUCGCGUGCUGCGAGCGCGCGCUCUCUCUCUCGUCGUCCCCGGCACAGCACAAGAUGAGAGUGCAUGUGCAUCCGUGCCUGCUCUUAUGCGCGGCUGUCCUGCUGGCAGACUCCGUAUCUGCAGCGGAAACCCAACUGCCACCUCGAGGUGCGUUCGGACCGCGGGUUGCGCCCGUCGUUUGCCACGAACCGGUGGCCAUUGCGCCCGUUGGUUGUCGCUGGCGUCAUGCCAGCCCGGCGUUGUUGGUUGCUGAUCCCGUUCUCGCCGCCCUUUAGGUCUCAACCGUCGCCAUCAGCCAAUCUUCCCCUCCUCCAACAGCAGCAGCAGCACCUCGGCCACCGCAUCUACAUGGCCUCCGUCGGCUCUAACGUCCUUGACAUCGACGGAGCCGCAGGAUGUCAGUCGACAAGGCCCAUCAUCCUCCCCCACAAGCUCAUCGAGCUCCAAUGUGGACGCCAAUCCCGCACCACCAUCACCAUCAACCCGUUCCACAUGGCCACCCACAGUAUUGCCGGCUAGCAGUCUCACGUCGGACCAGCUCACCAAUGCUUCCGCAUCCAGCAGCGCUUCGGGCCCGGCGACACCUGGGUCGCCGAGCUCGCUGUCGAUGACGACCCCAUUACGCGGUAACCGGACUCACACGACGACUUCCUCGUCGACGCAGCCAAGCAAUGCUACCCUCACCAUUUCGACGUCGAGAUCACACAACCGCACCACUACUCGCCCUCGCGGUCCCGUCGUCUCCAUCACGAUCGACUGUCCAGCAACCGUCAACCCGUCUGACUGCACGGGGAGGGGCUACUUGACCGUCAAUUAUACGAGAAGUGACCCUGCACCAACCAAGAAGUGCACGCCAAUCUCGGCGGGCAGCAGGCCACUCACCGAAUUCUCCGUGGUCUACACCUCCACUGUCACCUUUUACGGAAACAGGUCUGACUACACGCCGCCAUAUGAGCCCAUACGAACUCCAAAAUACUGCACGCCCACCAUUGUCCCCGCUGUUCCACCGGCCUUCAGCGUAAGUCCGAAGAUUCUCCCGCCGGGUACCGAGGUUUCGAGCCAUGGGAACGACCAAGCCCAUCCAUCUACCUUCCCUGACCUCAUCACAUUCAUUACAACGGACAAAAACCCGUCUGUUGUGUACCCAUCCGAUCCUGUUCCGAACUACAGCCCUACAUGGGGUCAGGUUGGAGACGGUGGCCCCGGCGAUGGUAGUCACAAAACCGUCGGGAGAGGCGGGAAUGGCGGCGGUGACCCUCAUAAAACUCCUGAUGCCGAUAGCAUCACCGCUACGCCGCACCCGACGUUCAAGAUCACGGCUGGCAGCACACAAGUGGUCAUCAAUGAGAAGACUUUCGCGGGCCUCGGCCCGGACCAAACCAGCCUUGUGACCGUGGAUGGCGGUACGUUUACAAUUUAUCCGAACGCCGUCGUCGGCGAGGGUGCCACCGUUCGGAAACCCCCCGCCCCUGGUACAGCAGUCUCGGUGCCAACGCCAACGGCCGCCGUUGUCGGCGGCUUGCCUGUCACCUUGUCGGGUUCCCAAGCCAUUGUUGGUGGGGCCACCAUGACGAUACCAGAAACUGCCAGUACUACUGUCAUCGAUGGUCACUCUAUCUCAAUCGGUCCAGGUAGCUUAGUUGUGGGAGGCCAAAGCCUCUCCUUCAAACACGUCAUGCUGCCCCGAGAGACGGACGUCGUGGUGAGCGGAGGAGAGCUCCUCACUGCCAUUGGGCGCAGCGUGGUUGUCGUUCACUCCACGACAUUUACGUAUGGUCCCGGUAUCCCGGGAACUUCACAGAUCAUACAUGAUGACACCAUCUCGAUCGGGCCGUCGGGCGUCAUCGUGCACGGUACACUGAUCGGCGGACAAUCCGCGAGCCCGACCACGACAUCGUACGAGAUCGUAGGAGGUGCCUCCAUCACACGAAUCGCUCCAUCCCUUGCCGUCAUCAACGGCAAGACCUUUACCGUCGGGCCGGGGACCGAAUGGACGACAACAGUCAUAGCUGGCCAGACUUGGACCAUAGGUCCGACGGGCGUGGUGGGCGCGUCCAUGACUUUUAGGUAUCCCUUCGGCACAGCCGUCACCACGACGAUUUCACCGACAGGCACGUGGCUAAGCGACUUCCCGAUCGAGACGGCCGGACAGAAUAGGGGCGAAGACGACAACUCAGGGAGGUCAUUGCGGCCUAACUCCUUGGCUGGAUGGACAGUGUUUUGCAUAGCGAUUGGCGUUUGGGUCUUGGCAUAAGUGAAAAUGCGUUUUGCAUACUUUCUUUUGGGCGGGAUAGGGAUGGUGCCCCCCGGGUGUUCUUAGACGAUGGACUUGUCGCGGAUUGCAUCUGGGUGAGCCAGCGGCUCUGACUUAUAUUCAUAUUGUGAGAGGAGGACGGGAGUGGCAAUCCCGCCGCUUAUCAAGAUGCUAAGCGCUCCUGUUAGGCUUUUAUCAGGCAUAUUGUAUCUGGUAAGCGACCCGCAGCGCUAGGCAAGCGCGUCGUGGCUUCGUAGGGUGCCUCGGCUCAGCGACGUAAGAAGAGGGAAGACAAGAUAAUCUCAAGACCGCGCUCCCACCACAACACACCCCCUGGACACUACGUCACAUUGGCGAUGAAGUGACUGGCAAGCCGGCUGCGAGUGAGCUAUAGAAGAUACAUCUGCUUGGAAAAUUAUAUCUGAGGCUAUCAAGUG